AAAAGUUGUAGUAUUUCUAAUAACGCAUCUAUUUUAAUUUUAUUUCAUGAUUUGUUUGUACAGCUAAGAAAAGUAUGGCGGCGUGGGAAGGCGAAAAAUUUCAAGAAAUCGGGAAUGCCGAUGAUAUCGAAGAGAACUUUAAUAACAUUCUCGUGACACAUGAUCUUCAAGAUUGUCUGGAUGAUAGUCUAGAUUUAACCAGUUUUGGGAAAGUGUAUGAAGAAAGUGGUGUGUUUGAUUACGAGAAGUAUUCCGAUGACGAUGCUCCUAUAGACGAAAAACUAUCAAAUAAUAAUGUUACCGAGUCAAUACAUUCAAUCAAUCCCCAUGAAAUUUAUAUGCGUAUCCAUUCUGGUCGAGAUGAUAUUUCAACAAGUAAAUCUUCACAUACAACCACUGCAAUUCAAAGCAUAGUUCCAGAUGUAAAUCAGAAGCAUAUUGGUCGAUAUACCUGUGAAUAUGAAGGUUGUCAUAGGACAUAUAGUACAGUUGGUAAUCUACGUACCCAUAUGAAAACACAUAAAGGCGAGUAUCGAUUUAAAUGUGCAGAACCAAGUUGUGGCAAGGCAUUUCUUACGUCGUACAGCCUUAAGAUUCAUAUUAGGGUACACACAAAAGUGAAACCAUUUGAAUGCAACCACAAAGGCUGUGAAAAAGCAUUCAAUACCCUUUACAGACUGAGAGCUCACCAAAGACUUCACAGUGGCAACACAUUUAAUUGCGAAGAGACUGGAUGUGUUAAAUUUUUCACUACUCUAAGUGAUCUCAAGAAACAUAUACGUACUCAUACUCAAGAAAGACCUUACAAAUGUAGGGAAAAAGGAUGUGGUAAGGCUUUUACAGCAUCACAUCAUUUGAAAACGCACAGAAGAACACAUACGGGAGAACGACCGUAUGUAUGUACUGUAGGCAGUUGUAAACGAUCCUUCACCACACCUCAUAGUUUAAAGAGUCACUUGAAGACUCAUAAGAGAACGACUGAUAUCGGCGAAACGAAACAUGAAGUCAAUAAAGAUGAUUACAGAAACCAAAGAAACAAUGAGAUAUUGAAAACCGAAAUCGAUGUUGAUGAAAUAACGUCGAGAAAUACAAAUGUGCCAUGUUAUGCCAUUAUACCGUUAUCUUCUAGCAAUACACAAAAUAAGGAAAGUAUUACUUAUUUAUCUAUUGAAAAUCCAAAUGAUCAGUCAUCUUCUACAAAUGAUAUGAUAGAUAUGUUAAAUCAAAACAGACUAACCAAAGAACUUGAUUAUAACAUCACUAACAAAGAUGCGGAAAAUUUAAAUAAAUCAACAAAUGUCACUGUUCUUGCGUCGGAAAAUAUUGUCAUAGAUAAUUUUACCGAGCAUACAAUUGAUAAUUUUAAUAAUAAUGUAACUUAUGACAAAUUUAAAAUAUUCAACGAAGUAAAUAAUUCGAAUUUACAACGGGAUCAAAAUCAACAAUAUAGUUCUAAUCCUUCAACGAAAGUGCAAGAUAGCAAGGCAAAUAAUACAAGUAAGUCCAAUUCAAUAAAUUUGGAGCAAAAAAUUAUACAAGACGGCCUACAAAAUACUAUUGUUCACAUCUCAGAAGGAACGAAUUUUACAAGUGAUGUGCAACAAUAUGUAAAUGAUAAUGCUAUUGCUAAGAAAGUUUAUGAUGAUAAAACAAAUGUAAGUGCGGUUGCUGAUAACAAUAAUGCGACUUUGUACAACACAAAUUCUGUUACUAGUCAUGUAUCAAAUAUAAUUAGUUCCUCUAGUGAGACUCAACUCUUUGAUAGUGAGAUAGGAAAUUUACCAUUUAUUAAUGAUAGUUUACGAACUGGAUCUCUUAAUGAAGUUGAACAUGUAUUGAAUUGUAAUGUUAUUACAACUACGCAGUCGGAAGCUAUUGAAUUAGCCAUAGCAUCCGAGGAGGAAAUACCUUCUCCCUGGAUAGAUGUCAUGGCAUUGGCAACCCCAUCUGCUUUAAGGCGGCAGUCCUGGUCGGAAUUGAACGCUUUUCCAACAGCGGUUCACUCAUUAGUCGACUUAGUUGAACCGGAACCGUAUCCUCUACAGAUAGAAAAUGACUUGCAACCAUUACAAGUAAAUAAUGUAAAUUUAGUAGACGUGGAAAACAUUAAUUCCGAAUGUACCGAAGUCACAUCUUGUAAAGAGAACGAUAAAGAUAAAGAAAGCGAAAAUAGAAUAAAAAUAAAAAAAAGUAGAAAUAUUCUACAGGAGAUUACAGCCGAAGCAGAUAUAUGCAAAUGUAUUGAUUGUAAAUGUGAUCAUCUACAAAAUUGUCAAAAUUGCUCAAACAAUACAAUUCCUGAAAUUAAUAAAAAGCACGUUUCAUCGAAAAUAGUAGAUGAUUUAGUGUCUUGUUUACAAAGCGAAUGUGUUUGCGACAAUGAGCCCGGUGGUUGUGGGUCUUGUUGUGUUGUGAUUUGUUUAAAAACAUUGCAGCAAUUGCAAAAAGUAUUCAGUCGUAAUUGCUGUAAAAGUACUAACAGUAUAACAUGUUGUAGAGAAAAAUUGUUAUCCCCGUUAAUGAAGUGCCAGUUAACAAAAAACCAAUGAGGCAAAUACUUUAGUGUGUAACUAGUCAUGUUGAAAGAAAUAUUUUUACAUAAAUAUUGAAUAAGAAUCUGUUAUUUAUCGUAAUAUAUAGGCUAGUUUUUCUUAUAAAUGUCAAUGUUUAAACAUUUUGUCUAGAACAAUCGAGAGUAAUGGGACUGUGUGUAUAUAUUUGUAUUAUGUUUCAAGAUUUUGUUAUAUAGAUGCAAUAUGUAAAUGUUAUAUAUUUUUAAAGUAUGUCAAUUUAUUUGUAGAUUUUUUACUGAAAAGUUUUUAAAUGUACACCGCUGUUGAAUAGUUUUGAAUAGUUUAUAGGAAAGGAGAAAUUGCAUUGCGUGCUGUAAAAAAUAGCAAAAUGUCAUUGUAAGAAACGAAAAUGCCAAAUUUGAUAUUUGUAUAUUAAGACGAGGGUAUAACAUAUUUUAAUGUGCAAUUACUAUGUACAUACAAUUCUUAUACAUAAUGAUUGUUGUAAGAUAUUUAAAUUCAUAUAAUAUUGGGAAUCAACAAUAUUUAUGAAUUUAUGUAGUAUUUAGAAAAAAUAAAUUAUCUGUGACCAUGCGCGUGUAUGAUGUACUAAACAUAUUAAUAGUUAAAAAAAUAAAAUAUUUAUUGUUUAGCAACCGUUUUCUAACGUACAACGCUUAGAAGAGAGGUGGCUCAUCAACUUAAGGAGGCUAAUUAUAAAAAAGUGUGACGAAAUAUGACAAUAAUGUUAAUGUUGUUAAAUAUAUGAAUUUUUGAAUCGCUUACAAAAUAAAUUACAGAAAUUUUUUAAUCUUUGUAGUAUUAAAAGUACUUGUUAAAUGUAACAAAAAAUCAAAACGUACUUUAAAGUAUGUCUUAUGGGAAAAAAAUUGUUUGAUUAAAUAAAAUUUUACUAACAUGUAAUAAAUUAUUACAUAAAAGUA